AUGACCCGCGCUGAAGCCUGUCCUGGCGUUUGCAGCACUUGUGGUCGGUGGUCCGCGCUCCUCUUGCCCGGGUUCCAGCAAGCUUUUCCCCUGGUGUUGCUGCUGUUGUUGCCACCGCCACCGCCACCGCCACUGCCGCCGCGCCGCCGCCGCCGCCUCCUUUGCGGAAUCAUGGUGUGCUUCCGCUUCUCCCCGGUUCCGGGCUCGGGGCUCGUUCUGCUCUGCCUAGUCCUGGGAGCUGUCUCAUCUUACGCAUUAGAACUUAAUUUGACAGAUUCAGGAAAAGCCACUUGCCUUUAUGCAAAAUGGCAGAUGAAUUUCACAAUACGCUAUGAGACUACAAGCAAAAGUUACAAAACUGUAACCGUUUCAGACCUCAGCACUGCAACAUAUAAUGGAAGCACUUUCGGGGAAGACCAGAAUGGUCCCAAAAUAGCCGUGCAGUUUGGAUCCGGUUUUUCCUGGGUUGUGAAUUUUACAAAGGAGGGGUCUACUUACUCGAUUGACGGUAUCUCAUUUUCCUACAACAUUAGUGACAACACAACAUUUCCUGAUGCCAAAGAUAAAGGGAUUUUGACCGUUUAUGACCCUGUGCGAUUCAGAAUUCCAUUGAACAACAUCUUCAGAUGCAAUAGUUUAUCGACUUUAGAAAAGGAUGAUGUUGUCCAGUACUAUUGGGAUGUUCACGUACAAGCUUUUGUCCAGAAUGGGACAGUGAGCACAAAAGAAUUUCUGUGUGAAAAAGAUCGAACUUCAACCACUGUGGCGCCCAUCACUCCCACCACCAUACCGGCUCCUACCACAACGCCCAUUCCAAAGGAAAAACCAGAGGUUGGGUCCUACUCGGUUAAUAAUAGCAAUGGUACUUGUCUCCUGGCUACCAUGGGGCUGCAGCUGAACAUUACUUACGAGAAGGUUGCUUCGAUUAUUAACAUCAACCCCAACACAACCGACUUCACCGGUAACUGCCAUCCUCAGAGCGCUCUGCUUAGGCUGAACAGCAGCAACAUCAAAUUUCUUGACUUUGUCUUUGCCGUGAAAAAUGAAAACCGAUUCUAUCUGAAGGAAGUGAAUAUCAGCAUGUAUUUAGUAAAUGGCUCUGUUUUCAGCAUCGCAAAUAACAAUCUGAGCUACUGGGAUGCGCCCCUGGGAAGUUCUUAUAUGUGCAACAAAGAGCAGACUGUUUCAGUGUCUGGAGCAUUUCAGAUAAAUACCUUUGAUCUAAGGGUUCAGCCUUUCAACGUGAUGGAAGGAAAGUAUUCUACAGCUCAAGACUGCAGUGCAGAUGACGACAACUUCCUUGUGCCCAUAGCGGUGGGAGCAGCAUUGGCAGGAGUACUUAUUCUAGUGUUGCUGGCUUACUUUAUUGGUCUCAAGCGCCAUCACGCUGGAUAUGAGCAAUUCUAGAACCUGUAGUUUGAUUGAUUAUAUAAAAAUACAUGCACAUAAGAUUUUUUUGCCUUUCAAUUUUGAAACACAUUGCUCUCUUAAGACUGAUGUGUUGAAACUUUUGAAAUCAGUCCCAGCAUUUAGAGAUAAGUCUUUAUGAAUAAAAACUAUUCUCUUUUAUCAGCUUAAAAUUAAAUACUGUAUUUACUGGUCCUGAAGACAAGCUGGUUAAAAACAUUGGUGUGUGGUGUGUUAAGGUCUACCCUUUUAGAGGCCUUGGCCAAAUUUUGAUCCUAACCUCAGAUGCCUUAAACUUAUUAACCUGGCCAUUAUAAGAAUAAAAUAUGUAGCUGUCUCUUAAUGGAAUUAAUAAAUCCUGUUUCACUACCAGUGUUCUGUUUUAAUAUUAGAACUAUCCUGAUUUAAACUCAUCACAGUACUUUUGCAUAUAGCUCAUUCAAUAAAUAUCGAUGUGACAUAAAUGCCCAUCAAAUAUGCUCAAACUUGGUUUUUAGUCGAAUGUCCUCAGGACCAUCAACAUUUUUUAGGUUAUGUGACUUGCUGUUUUCUUUGAGUUUGAUUUAAGGAUGAAGCCAGGAUCUCAGGCUUGUGACUUUUCCCUGAGUGAAAAACAGACCCAAGAGACCACAACAGAACUUUAAACUGGCUUCAGAAUUAAAGUUAAAAAAAAAAACUGCUUCUUUUUCUGCAACAUAGACUGAAAAGAUUCAAGCGUAUUUAACCACUUGCCUUGUUUUUCCUUGUGUUUUUCUUUUCUUUGGAUGCCUGAUUAGCAUUGAAAGAUAGAAAUAUUCUAUGAACUAAUUAGGACAGAUUGUGUUGUGUUUCUCUACCUCAUCUUGUUGAUCUCUAGAGCAUUAAAAUCUAUUUAGUGUUGUCAUCAGACUGGUACUUAUAAAAUGUAAGCUAACAGCAAUCUCAGAAGGGAGGCACUGAAGCAUAGCAACUAGGCUCUUGCUUCUUCGAGAAGGCCCCCGUGGGGCAGAGCAUAGAUAGGCGGGUAGAGAGAAGCUGUUGCCAUUAAAAUGAGCUAGAUAAUCAGCCCCUAUUGAAGCAUACUGCUCAUUAUAAGUACAGCGUGCAUAUUGAAUGUAUAGACAAAUGAGAAGGAAGUUUAACCAAUGGACGGGAGAAGACAUUCACACUGAAGUGAUUAUUUUAUUAAUUCAUUCUGUGUAUAUAUUGGCUUGUUCAGAAUUUCUGUAACUCGCUGAUGACAGUAUCUUCGUACCCAGCCAUCUGUGUCUGAAGGCUUUCAGUGAAAUAUAGUAAAUCCUUCCAAUAAA